UACAGCGAAGCAAAACGAAACGAUGAGGUAAGCUGAAAUUUCCUGGCAAAUUUAAUUUUUUUCCCGAAUUCAAAACCCCAAAAUCCAUUGGCAAAGUUGCAGGCACUCGGCAAUGGAGAUGCACGUUAUGAGCUCAGUUCAGCAAUCCCUUGACAAUAACCAACCCCUCUCUUGCCAAGCUCUGGCUUCCCUCAGAUCCCUUAUUAUCAACCCUACCACCUCCGAUUCCACUCUCUCCUCAGUCCUCGACGCCCUAACUCGCUCUCUCCAACUCAGCCGCGACUCCGUCUUCCUACACCACACACUUAAGCUCCUCGCCGACCUUGCCGCUCGCCGCCCCCACCUAUCCCCCGUCGCACUCGACUUGCUCCGUUCCGACUCAUUCUUCUCCUCCGCUUCGCCUCGCCUUGUUGGCGAGUCACUCUCCGCUCUUCUUUCACUUAAUUCCAUCGGAAACGACAUCGACGCUGCCCGCUUCGUCUCCCUGUGCCUCGGCCCUUCGGUUCCUGUGCGACUGUUUUUAUUGAGAAAUGCUGACAGGCUUGCGGUUAGGGAAUCGGUGUUGUUAGCCGUCUUUUUAGGGUUUACGAGGGACCCGUUUCCAUAUGUGAGGAAAGAAGCUUUGCAUGGAUUGGUGAAACUGUGUAAGAAUGGUGAUUUUGAUGAUCGUGAUGUUAUUGAGGGAUGCUAUUGCCGUGCUGUUGAACUGCUCCGCGACACUGAGAAUUACGUUAGAUCUGCAGCAGUUCAUGCCGUAUGUGAAUGGGGUAAAUUGCUUGUUAUAUCCAGUCAAGACGGGAACAAGCAAGACUUGUCGGAUGCAGUGUUUAUCCAGCUUGGCUGUAUGGUAAGAGAUAUGAGUAUAGAGGUAAGGCUUGAAGCCUUUGAUGCUUUGGGGAAGAUAGGACUUGUAUCUGAAGAUAUCUUGCUACAAACCUUGUCUAAGAAAGUCAUAGGGGUCAACAAAAAUAAAAUAUACAAACCAAUUGAAGGGCUUGAUGUUUCAGCUUCUUCUGUUGCUGGAGCUUUUAUACACGGCCUUGAGGAUGAGUUCUCCGAGGUACGAAUGUCUGCCUGUUUCUCUUUGCGUACGCUCACUGUCUUCUCUUUGCAAUUUGCUUGUGAAGCCUUAAAACUGAUGAUGGACAUGCUGAAUGAUGAUUCAAUAAUUGUCAGGCUGCAAGCUCUUGACACAAUACAUCACAUGGCAACUAACAAUCAUUUAAAAGUUGAAAAAAUAGACAUGCACAGGUUGCUGAGCACCCUUGUUGACACCAGUUCUGUCAUAAGAUCCUUGACAAGGAAAAUACUCAAAUUAGCAAAGUUGCCGCAGUUCGAGUUGUUUAAAUUGUGUAUUGAUGGCCUUCUUGGAAAUUUGGAGACAUAUCCACAGGAUGAAGUUGAUGCCUUCUCUGUUCUUUUUCAUAUUGGGAGAAACCACGGGAAGUUCACAGUUCACAUUAUCGAGGAGGUCUCUCCAGAGUUGGAACCAACUUUUGGAGGCAAAUUGGGCUUUGAUAGUACGAGGGUUGGAGCAUUUCUUGUGCUGGCAAUCUCAGCUCCACUUUCACAUGAAACGGAUGUUGGUGUUAUUCCACCUAGAAUAUUUUCUUAUGCGGUUACAUGGCUUGGGAGAAUCUCUUAUGCUUUAAGCGAUAUCAUGAACCAAGAGAUGCUUUUGGCUUACUUAUCCAAGUGCAGUAGAUCCUUGGCAAUUUCUCUUGCUGACUUCAAAAUAAAAGAGACAUUGCCUACAGUAGAAGGUGAUGCCCCAAUUAAUCUCUGUUCCACAGUUGAUAGUCCUGUCAGUAUGCCCUUCUGGAAAAAUAGUGGAGGGACCUCUGACUAUCAUCAUAAAAACAGUUGUUUAGGAAAUUCAGCUGCUCCGGCAGAAUACGAGCUGCUGGGGGAGCAUUCGGAAUUAAGAAAAGAUGUAAACCUUAUAUUUCAAAAGGUCAAGGACUUCUGGUCAUUGGUACCGUUAGGCUGCACUAAUGAAGCAUUGAAGGGUAUAAGGGCCUAUAAGGAAGAAGUGGCAUCAUUUGACAAGGAGUCACCUGGAUCUGCUGGUGUUGUAGCGUUUACUCGCCAGUAUCUCCGAGUUAUAGAAAAGCUUGCUGCAGUGUGGGAACACCUUAGACCGACAAAAGCAUUUCAUCCGUACAGAGUGGAAAAUUUAGAGCUUCUAUUUGCGAAAUUAGACUUGAGGCUCAGGGAAAUCAGGAAUAGGUUCGUUGGUUUGUCUAAAGGAGAGGAGCUUCAAAUUUCGGAACUGUUACUUGUGGCUUUGCUUCUGAGGUUGUCCAAAAUGGAGAUUUGCUGUUAUGGUACCACAAUGAAAAUAUUGUCGUCUACAGUUGCCCACGCCGAAUUUCUCCACAAGGAGGGAUCUACUGAACCAUCUAAUUUUAUAGUCGAAGUUAAGAAAUCAUUGCACAAUGCUGACUCUUCGAGCAGUGGUAGUACGUAUGAGCCAAUUCUCUUCGAGAAGUUACUCAACUCCUUUUCCCUUCAGCAGUUUGUGUUAUGUGGAACUCCAAGGUACAUACAUUCGGAAUUAGAAGUUCCAGGUAAUGAUUCUGAAAACCCUCUUCCUUUUAUUCCAGGACUCCCUGCUUCUAUACCACUAGCAAUCACUUUGCACAAUCUUUCGACUGAAAGUAGGUUGUGGUUGAGGAUUAGUACGAGUGAGGAGUCGACUCAGUUUGUAUUUUUAGAUCCCAACCUAAUCCGUAGUGGAAACAGAAGCAGCAAUGAGGUUAGGGAAUUCACAUUUGUGGCUCCCUUCUAUCAAACACCAAAAGCCAUUUCGUUUACAUUGUGUGUUUCUUUAGGGAUAGAAUGCUUUAGUGAGAAUGUCGAUCGAGUCAAAGUUUCCGGGGGUCCAAAACGUGAACUAACAUACCUCUGCUCAGAGAAAGAGAUUUUUCUAUGUAAGAGCGCUGUGCGUUCUGCGUUUAUUUAGAGUACAAUCGGUAAUGAGCUUCUCUGCUUUCGGGUAUUCGUACGUAUAAAACGAAUCUUGUCUAGAUGACCCUAAUGAUCCAGGCAAGGGUCACAUGCAUGUGGGUUUGCCCAAGCCGCAAGAACCUUUUUCAUUGUUUGCCUUCGUUUGUUGCAAGUUUUAGUUUAUGACAUUUUAUCAGUGAUGUUAGAACAGGACCGGACCAGCUGAUGAAACCAGUGGUAUUAAACUGGGCAUGCAGCGAACCGGUAAAAAAUGGGGAACCGAAACAAUAAGCUGAUGAUAACCGGUUGAAUCA